GGAUUCUGUAAGUCUUAGAUUGAGUCAAUAGGUUUGUCAGUCAGGGGUCAGAGUCUACGUGGUGAGGUUUGGAACCACUAACCCGGUUGUACACUUACCACCAUGGUGGACCUGCGUAGUGGGAAGAACACUAGCCCCUAUACCGCUGAGCAGCAAGAAAAGAUGGCCGUCUUAGCCAAAGAGAAUAAGGAGAGGAAAGAGCGUGAGAAGCAGGCGAAGCUAAAGGCUAUCGCAGAGGAGCGGGCGGCGAAGCUAAAGGAAGUGGAGGAGGAGAUGAAGAAGAAGGAGAAGGGUGCUGAAGAAGAAGCGGCAAUAGAAGAGGCAAAAGAAAUGAUGAGGAUUGAAAGCGGAAAAGGAAGUAGUGGCACGAAGAAGGACACAGACGCAGAGAUUGAAAAGAAGAUCAGCGAGUGGGUUGCUAACUUAUCGUUGGGGGAAGACGAAGAGGCGGAGUCAUACGUGACUGAGGAUGAGAAGGCCGCAUUGGCCGCUGAGCUAGCAACCAUGAMGGAUCCUAUGGAGCGAAGAGAGCGGGAAGACGAGCAAAAGUUGCAGUGGAAGCUGAGGAUGAAGAGGGAGAAGAGGAGGAGGAGAGAAGAGGUGAACAAGAUGACCGCAGCAGAGGCAGAAGUGCAGGAGUGUAGAGCGGAGGUAUUGGCCCAGCCAGAUGAUAAGGCCAAAUGGAACAAAGUACUGGGCUACCUAGAGGUGCCGAGUAAGGCCUGGAUGGAGGAGCGCCAUACUAGUUGGAGUCAUGAUGUAGCGUUGAGUGCCAUGCGGUCAGGAUUUAAAGAGUUUACACGCGAAAUCGUCACCCAUAUUGGGGGCGAAGUGAAACAGUUGAGGGACAAUGUAGGGAAGUACUGCGAAGGCGCCAUUGAAGGUGCCAAAGCCAUAGCUGCUGCAGAGAGCGGAGAUAGACCCCGCAAAGAGCCUGUAAAGCUCAGGUUUCCAGACACGUACGGGGGUAAAAAGGAGGAAAACUUUGACAAAUGGGAGGCCAGUGUCAACAGUUACAUUUCUUUGCAGCAUAUCCUAACGGAGGAGAAAGUCCUCGUGGCCUUUCAGGCCCUCAAGGACGAAGCAACUAGUUUCGCUAGGUCCCUUGCGCGUACAGCUGGUUUUGAAAACAACGUGGUUGCAUAUUCCAAAGUCACUCCUCUUUCCCAAUUCCUCAAGCUCCUCAAGGAGCGGUUCGCUGACCCAACACGAGGCAUUAGAGCCUCUGAUAAGCUUCAAACGAUCCACUCCCGGCAGUGGAGGAGUUCCAAGGCACUCAAGGGUACCAUGAACGACUUGGUAGCCGUCCCGGACCACGGGGUCACUGAGCCCCAGUGGUCCAGUUGUUUUAUCGUGCCAUUCCAGAGGCCUUACACGGGCAUUUCUUUGACAAAUCUUAGCAGGCCGGCAUGACUUACGAUGUAUUGAGUAGAGAAGUCGUCCUGUAUGAGUCGAAGUCUAUGCCAGUUACCACU